UUGUGCUUAUUGAGCGUGCGCUAAGAGAAAAAGAGGAGGAUCCCGAACUGAGUCCUUUAUUUAUUUCUUUGUGUUCAGCGGGGGGGAAUAAUAAUAACAACAGCAACUCACACCACAGGCAUUUUAUCUAUUAUCAUUGUCAGUAUACGCAAGAAAACUGGAUAAGAUUACAGCUGUUACUCGAGGGCCGAAGCCAAGGGGAGGAGGAUGAAGCGGCGCAAUGCGGACUGCAGCAAACUAAGACGGCCGUUAAAACGGAACCGAAUCGCCGAGGGGAUAUACGGCAGUACCUUCCUGUACCUGAAGUUCCUGGUUGUGUGGGCUCUGGUCCUGCUGGCAGACUUUGUGCUUGAGUUCAGGUUUGAGUACCUCUGGCCGUUUUGGCUCUUCAUGCGGAGUGUGUACGACUCCUUCAGAUACCAGGGACUGGCGUUUUCAGUAUUCUUUGUUUGUGUGGCGUUUACCUCGGACAUCAUUUGCCUCCUCUUCAUCCCAGUGCAAUGGCUAUUCUUUGCUGCCAGUACCUAUGUGUGGGUGCAGUAUGUUUGGCACACAGAGAGAGGUGUGUGUCUCCCGACUGUGUCUCUAUGGAUACUUUUUGUGUACAUAGAGGCGGCCAUCAGAUUCAAAGACCUGAAAAAUUUCCACGUGGACUUAUGUCGUCCUUUCGCUGCACACUGCAUUGGCUAUCCCGUAGUCACCCUGGGCUUCGGCUUCAAGAGCUACGUCAGUUAUAAAAUGCGUCUCCGGAAGCAGAAGGAGGUGCAGAAGGAGAAUGAGUUUUAUAUGCAACUUCUACAGCAGGCUCUGCCUCUGGAGCAACAGAUGCUUCAAAGGCAAGAGCGAGAAGCAGAAGAAACAGCUAAAGGAAUAUCUGAAGUGGACACACCUCAAGUGUCACAGAAUGGCACCCCAGCCAAUAAAAAGACAUCUGUGCCAUUACCGGAACUGGAGUAUAAAGAAAAAGGGAAAGAAGGAAGGAGCAGCGGGGAUACGAAAAAGCAACACAACAGCAUCCUGCCGUCAUCGGUGGACUCUAAACUGCAGGAGGUGGAGUACAUGGAGAAACAUAUAAACAACAAGAGACUGACCACAGAGCUGGGCAGCACAGAGAACCUGUUGCUUAAAGAGGACAACAAUUCCUCCUGUUCAUCUUCAUCGUCAAACUCCUCCAAAAAUUACAAAAAUACUAACACCAACUCCGUAAUGCUCAAUUCCCUGCCGUGUGGCCACAGCGCCACCAACGGCAGCUUGCCCACCUCAGCACAGCCGUCUUCCACAGGGAAGAACGAGAAGAAGCACAAGUUAACGGUCGGGAAAGGAACGUCGGGCGGUUCCCACAGGGACCCCACCGACAACUGCAUCCCCAACAACGAGCUGAAGAAGCCAGAAGCACUUGUUAGACUGGAGCAGGACAUUAAAAAGCUGAAGGCUGACCUGCAGGCCAGCCGGCAGGUUGAGCAGGACCUCCGCAGCCAGAUUGGCUCGCUGGGCACCGCUGAGCGCUCCAUACGCACCGAGCUGGGCCAGUUGCGACAGGAAAACGAGCUGCUGCAGAACAAGCUUCACAAUGCUGUGCAGGCGAAACAAAAGGACAAACAAACAGUCGGCCAAUUAGAGAAGAGGCUCAAAGUAGAACAGGAGGCCCGAGCUGCGGCAGAGAAGCAGCUCACAGAAGAAAAGAAGAGAAAGAAAUUAGAGGAGGCCACAGCGGCCAGAGCUGUAGCGCUAGCAGCAGCAUCUCGAGGGGAGUGCACAGACACGCUGCGGCGGCGAAUCUCUGAAUUAGAAGCAGAGGGUAAAAAAUUAACAAUGGACAUCAAGCUGAAAGAGGAGCAGAUUCGGGAUCUUGAAUUAAAAGUUCAGGAACUUCAUAAAUAUAAGGAAAACGAAAAAGACACAGAGGUGCUGAUGUCAGCGCUGUCGGCCAUGCAGGACAAAACUCAGCACCUUGAAAACAGCCUGAGCGCAGAGACCAGGAUCAAACUGGACCUCUUCUCUGCACUUGGAGAUGCCAAGAGACAGCUGGAAAUUGCACAAGGUCAGAUCCUUCAGAAGGAUCAAGAGAUCAAAGACCUGAAGCAGAAGAUAGCAGAAGUCAUGGCCGUCAUGCCCAGCAUCUCUUACACGGCCGACACCAGCAGCAUGACCCCUGUGACCCCCCACUACUCCUCAAAGUUCAUGGACACCAGUCCCUCCUGCCUGGACCCCAACGCUUCUGUUUACCAGCCCCUCAAAAAGUGAACGCCUUUUCUCUUCUGUUCCGUUCUGCUCCUCCCUUCCCUCCAUCCAUCCUCUCUACACUUUUACUGCUCCUGCAGGCCCCGUCAUGUGGCGGCUGAGAACUCAAGUUUUCUUCUGUUCUCUCUUUUUGCCAGGUCAGAAGGAUGUUGUAUUGUGUGACUGUGUUUGUUGUAGUUAAAACAAAAGACAAAAAAAAAAAUAAAAAUACCCAGAACCACCUAAAAACUGACAUCCCCGGGAAAAUUAGGAAGCCCCGAUUGUUUUUAUUUAAAUGUCUAGUGAAACCUCACAGAUUCAGGUGCGUAUCUUCAUCUCAAGGGUGCAGCUCCUCCGUCACUGCAGCCUUUUACCAGCUCUCGGGGAGAGGCAGAUGAGUUUCUUUUGCUUCAUUCUUCUGUGACUCAUAGCUCCAUGUAUUUUGCACUUGGUUUUUGCACCAGUGGUUCAACCAGAGGAAUGUAUUUCCCUGAUGGAGCGACGUAUUCUCUAAUUGCAAAACCAGACACAGUUGUUUUCUUGCACCGUACUAGUUUUCUUUAAAAGCUAAUGGCUAAAAAGACAUGCAGGCAAAGUUUGAAAUAAAUUGCAGAUUGAGUUGUAUCAGAACCUGACGUUUAUGAGAUACUUGCAGUAUGAUUAAGAAUGCAAUGGUUUCCCAGUACUUACUCAAAAACUUUGCGUGUAUAAAAGGAUGCAAGUGGUUUUUAUUAGGAAAGAAAAGCAACAAAUCUACCAUUCAAGUUUUCUCCCUCAAAAAUCUUUCCAUAGGGGUGAAUUUGAAAACCUCAGUAUUCACUCAGAGUGUUGGUUGGCUCACGCUUACUUGUAUGAUGACUUCACAGUGUUCUGGGUGAAGUCAUCGAGGUGAGGACAAAGCACGACUCAAACAGCUCUUAAAAUAGUUGUGACAUAUUUAACAAGCUGGAAAUGUUCCUCUUAGCAUAGUCAGCGGGAGGAAAUUCUAUUAACUGGUUUUGAAGAACUGUUGUUCUUUAACCAGAUUCAUCAGUAAUUAAAUGAAAA